ACAAGGCAAAUACUUCACUUAAAAUUGCUUCGUAAAAUCGGAUAUGUACAAAAAAAACAAAAAAAAAACAACAACAACAAAAAGCAUGUGUAUGUUUGUAUUUUUUUUCUUAACACGCUUAUGUUUGGAUUUAAAAAAGAAAUAAGAAUCAAUGGUUGAUAGAUAAUCGGCUUUGGCAAAAAAAAACACAAAUGGCAACCUGUAAAGAUUAUAGCAGAUCCGUGGUAGCAGCAUCUGAUGAAUUAAGGGAUAUUUACUGUGAACCAUGUCUAGAUGGUGGUAAGCAAAUCGAAGCCGUGGGAUUCUGUGUGGACUGUGCGGAAUACUUAUGUGUAGAAUGUUACAAAAUUCAUACAAGGUUUAAAGCUUUUAAACACCAUGUGCUUCAAGAUAAAGAUAAGAUGCCAUUUGAUUCACGGAAAUCUCGUGCUCAUGAUGUUUGUGUAGAGAGAUGUGGCAAUCAUCCGACCAAAAUUGUGGAAUAUUUUUGUAGGUCGUGUGACAUACUUGGUUGUAGUGUUUGUAUAACUGUCAGUCACCGUCAGUGUGAAAAUGUCGACCAUAUACCUGAUAUUGCCAAGGACCUUAACUCGAGUGAAGAAUUUAAAACAUUUUUAAGCGAGUUGGAAAGCCAAUUUAAAUAUAUUAAUCAUUACAUGGACAGGAUUCAAGUAAAAACAAAUAUAUCUGGUGAUUUAACGAAACAGGGAAAGGCAGAGUUAAGAAAACAACGUUAUGAAAUCAACAAAUUUUUUGAUCAAUUAGAGGCUGAUGUUGAUAGACGAAUGGAAGACAUUGACAAAUCUAACAAGCAAGGGAUACAAGCUGCUAGUGGCACUGCUGACUCGAUUAAAGAUAGUCUUACCAAGAUUAAAACCAGUAUAGAAUCUAAGAAGAAAGCGAAUAAAAAUUGUGAACUUUUUAUAACAAUGAAACAGUCAAAACAAAGCUUCGAUAAAUUAGACAAACAAUAUGAAAAGUUAAGACAGGAAAGUAGAAUACAGACAUUCUUUCUUACUCCUCCGAAACAAAAACAAAAUACGAUAGAAAUUGGCAGACUAAGAAUAGCAAACUUUGUAUCAAACAUUGACAUAGGUGAAGAUAAUGAUGCGAUCUGGGUGAAGGGACUGGCCACAAUUCAAAAUCAUUUUCUUGCAGUUUUUGAAGGCGAACGCAAAACAGUUUAUGUUGUUGAUACACGGAAUACACAAGUAGUGGAUAAAAUUGUUUUACAAUGUGAAUUUGCUUGGAGAAUGACUAAUGUAAAUACUGACCAACUGGCAGUGUUACUGACCUCUGGUUGCCAAGAUAAAAUUCAGUUACUUUCAGUGGACUUGUCAGGUAACAUAUGCAAAUGUUCUCUGAUCAACAUUCAAAACUUCAGUUUAUCAAGGUCAUUUAUUUUCAAAAAUCGAAAGUUCUUUAUGAUAGGCAAGCAGGAAAUAAUAAUACUUGAUAUGGAAGGAAACCGUUUCAAAACAUUCCCGACACGUUAUGCCACCGAUAUUGAUACAGGUAUUGCUUUCAGUCCAGAUGGGAAACACAUUUAUCUAACGGAACCAACUAAAAACAACGUGACAUCUUUGACAUUAGAUGGCAAAGUGAAUGCAAUCUACAGAGAUAGAUACAUGACAAGUCCUUAACAAAUGACAGUAGAUAAUGAAGGCUACAUUUAUGUUUGUUG